AUGACGGCAAUCGUAUGCUUCAUCUGGCUGCGCGAGCCAUUUACCUGGAAAGAAGCGCUAUGCAGCUUCAUCGCUUUCUGCGGCGUUCUCUUCGUCGCGAGACCACCGUGGCUCUUUCCCUCUUCGCAUAUGAACCCGAUAGCCGAAGACUCGGACGGAAAAGUAACGUUACCUUCGAUAACGGCCGAACAACGGACAUUGGCGAUCCUCAUUGCUAUUCUAGGCACUUUUGGAGCAAGCACUGCGUACGCUACUAUCCGCGUGAUAGGCAAGCGUGCACACUCGCUGAUCUCGGUGAAUUACUUCUCGCUCAUCGCAACGAUCGCCUCUUUUCUGCUCAUCUUGGUUCACCCUUCAUUGCAUUUCGUCAUGCCCAAGACGCUCGGCCAAUGGGGGUUAAUCGCGAUCAUCGGGCUCUUUGGGUUUCUGUUGCAGUUUCUGCUCACGGAAGGACUGCAAAGAGAAAAGGGCGGAAGGGCAACAAAUCUGACCUACUUACAACUGGUAUUCGCGCUUGUAGUCGAAAAGUUGAUUUGGGGAACUACGCCGCCCAUCGAGAGCUUAGUAGGUGCAGUGCUUAUCAUUGGAGCGGCGAUUGCGGUCAGUCUUCAGAAGGCGGGUGGAAAGGAGGGUAAAAAGAUCGAGGUUGCUAACGAUGAGGAGAGGAGGCUAUUGGAAGAGGAAAACUAA